AUGCUCCCCCCAUCUACUCAAUCUACUUGGCAACGCGACUCAAUCUAUCUCCCGCUGGGCCCACAGCCUGAACCCCUGACCUCUAGGUCGGGGGUACCCUCCCUCUGGCUGUACAGCUGGCCUCUUUCUCAUCCCGCUGACCCCCCACACAGCCCAGCCACCCCCACCCUAGCCACCCCAGCCAACCAGUCAGCUAGCCAGCCCAUCCCAGAGCUGGGGCAGUGGUCUAGUCUGGGGUUAAUGUACCAAACUACUCCCAUUGUCUCUGGAUUAAUGAAGUGUUCCCUGCCUGUCCCCUUUCAUUCAGAGACAAGGAGACAUGUAAGGAGUGUUACAUUUUAAAUGGCAAUCGACACACAUUGGCCUUCAAGUCAGUAAGUCAUAUACAGACACUGCAUAAGUGGCUGUAGCCUUAGAAGUAAUGACAUUGUGUAUGCUGCUUUUGAUGCACUUGUCUUCCCUGUUAUCCAUUUCAAUUCAUGGACAGUGGGAGAAGGUGGCUCUUGAAUAAUAGGAGGAGGUAGCAUCUGUGUCAUUUCUGAAGAUGGAAGGUCGGCCAUGUCUACCCUAAAGAACAGCGAGGGAGACCUCUAGAGGAAGGAAAUGGAACAGCAUGAAUAUACCUUCUCUCUGCCGCUCCACACACAGUCCAGUGCUCUGUUUCUGACCUCACACUGUCCACUAUUGCUCAAUGACAGGCUUUAGUUGUUGCCCAGAUCCUUACGCCUUACACAACAUCACUGCUAGGGUAUUGUAAGAACAGUAACCAACCACCACUGUAAGAGCAUCAAUAAGUGUGUGUUUGCAACGUUAAAUUUACAGACUGAACUUGAAAUUAUUCAAGUACAAAACCACCAUUAUCCACAGUUCAUUGUGUCCCAAUACUGACAUAUGGCAUCUAAGAUACCAAUGAUGUCACCGACACUGAGUGUGUGUCCCACAUGGCACCCUAUUCCACAGGCGGCCGGUGGCACCUUAAUUGGAAAGGAUGUGCUCAUAGUAAUGGCUGGAACUGAAUAAAUUAAAUGGUAUCGAACACAUCAAACAUGUGGUUUCCAUGUGUUUGAUACCAUUCCAUUUAUUAUUGAAGUUGUAUUUUAAGUUAAUUAAAUGAUAUAAAGUGAGUUUGAUUAUGUGCAGUCUUGCCAGAGUCUUUAGCUGCGUAGCCUUUGUUCUGGCAGAGAGAUGAGCAAUAAAGAGGCAGGUGAUUUAUCAACUGGAUGAACCCCGUCCAGACAGGGAGGUCCUACUGCCAGCUACACUUCAGCUACACUACGUACUGCUACUGCCAUUUAUACUACACACUGUACUCUAGUAGUCUCAGUCUGAGCCUGGUCGUUACUCGUUGCCAGUUGCUUUUACAGUCCACAUGGAUGCACCACCAGGUGUUACUGUGGUGAAAAGAAAACAAUUCUGCUGCACCGUUGCUCUUCAGACCAGAGGAGGAGGGUGUGUUAGGCGUGGUGUGUGUGUGUGUUAGGCAUGGUGUGUAUGUGUGUUAGGCGUGGUGUGUGUGUGUGUUAGGCGUGUUGUGUGUGUGUGUUAGGCGUGGUGUGUGUGUGUGUGUGUUAGGCAUGGUGUGUGUGUGUGUGUGUGUGUGUGUGUGUGUUAGGCAUGGUGUGUGUGUUGCGUGUGUCAGGUGUGGAAUCAGGCAGGGCGUGGAGCGCUGCCUACAGCCGACAGCUUGUUACGGUGUUACGAUGCUGUGAUUGGUGACCUGCGUAAUUGACCUCUAACCUCUGACCCCUUCCUGUCGUUUGCAGUGCUGAGUAUCCGUGGCGCCCAGGAGGAGGAGCCUCCAGAUGCCCAGCUCAUGCGAUUGGACAACAUGUUGCUGGCGGAGGGCGUGUCUGGACCGGAGAAGGGAGGCGGUUCUGCAGCGGCUGCGGCUGCAGCUGCAGCCUCAGGAGGCGGGGCAGGAGCGGAUACUUCAGCGGAACACUCGGACUACAGAGCCAAGCUCUCUCAGAUCAGACAGAUCUACCACACAGAGCUGGAGAAAUACGAACAGGUGAGGGUUGACAGGAUGCACUCACCCUUCAGAGAACUACUGGUGCCUUUUACCAUAAUCACAUACUCUAACCCUGUAACCCAAACACACCAGCUCCUCCCAUCACAGUGAUUAUUUAUUACAUCACAACUUCAGGCUAAGGAUUCCUUUAAACCCAUCCAAGCCCUGCUAACCCCACUGCAGGAACACAGUGUUGUAACCCACUGACUCAUGUCCAUUCAUGUUGACGACGCCUCACCAGAGUCGGUAGCUGAGAAACAAUAGAAACUGCAAGGUCAUUUCUGAUAUUUACAUACCAAAUUAGGAAACUUUCUACAUUUAUGGCGUCCAUCUAAAGAUGUGAAAAAAACAUUGGACUGAUUUUCUCUCAUCCCCAUGUAAUGUGCAGUUUCCUUCUGUUCUCCAUGUCAUUAUCUACCAUGCCAAUAAAUCAGAGUGGAUUUUACUGCAUAGCGUUAUGUCUACUUUCUAACCAAUAUUCACACAGUCAAACUGUGACUGGCUGGAAUGAAUGCAUGCCCUGUUAGAUGAAAUGCAAAUGUUUUUUCCGUAUAGCCCUAGACACUGCUUACAUUUUCAUUCAUAUAAAAAAGCAAAGCCAAAGUGUUGUGAUGUUAGUCUAUAGACAGGGUUGCCAUCCUGAAACAUACAUACAGUGGAGUAGGGUGAAGUUGCCUCUAGACGCUGAUCUUGGGUCAGUUUUACAUUUCCCCCACUAUUCGUUAAGGUUAGGAUUGGGGGAGGGGAAGCUGAUCCUAGAUCUGUACCUAGGGGAAACUUCACCCUGGAGCCACAUAUAAUAGGCAGGGCUGUAGCAGUUAGGAGUAGUGUGGGAAACAGUCCUGUGACUAUGCCACCAUCACAUGCUGACAAUGUACUAUAUAAUAAUAUAUCAUAUGUAAUAUAUAUGUAAUAUACUGUAUUUAAGAUGGUAUCCCAUGGCGGAUGGAGGGGGGAGAGUUACACAGGGAGUCAUGGCAACGGAAACAAGGUACUCCUCCACUGCAGACCACUGCCCUCCCAUACACUUUAUAGAGAGAUACUAUAUUUUAUAGUCAUAAUAUCAUUAAUUUAACAACAUUAUUAUUUUACUUUGGUUAGGUUGUUUACCAAAUAGACACCCUUUAUUCAGGAUGUCUUGAAUCAAGUAAAUAUUUUCACAUCUGCCAAGUUUUAAUAAAGCUGGGUUAGUAGUAACUGAAUCUAUUCAGAAUCCAAUGUGAACUUGGCUCCUGUGAUUUUAUUUACAACCCAGAGCUUUCAAACCCAGCAUUUUAUACCACACUUCCCUCCCUUGCAAUCUCAGCGAUAGUGAACAGACUCCCACUGUCAGGAUCAGGAUUAGGAACUGGAUGGCAACCCAGUCUUGUAAAGCAGUAGUGUUGCUUAAGGAGAAAAAAUACUGUAACUCACUCAUGAUUUAUUACCACAAUUUAUUAGUAGCUUUGCUAACAGCUUUACCAGGUUUUUUAUUUAUUAUUUUUCUAUUUAUUUAUUUCUAUACGUUUAUUUGUAAUUUAUGCAAUGCGACAGGCCCUCAGUGAACAGAAAACGUCUGCAAGCUUUUAAUACUUCCUGUAGAAUCCCAAGCAUUAGAUUGUACUCCCUCUACCAUGUUUGCAUGUGUUUUGUUUCAGAUAAGGCCCAUAUACACAUGAACCAUGAUAUACGUUUCUGUGCUUGGUCUGCGUGUGUGUUAACCAAUGUUGUAAUGAUGACAUACAGUGCCUUCAGAAAGUAGUCACACCCCUUGACUUUUCCAAAUUUUGUUGUGUUACAGCCUGAAUUUAAAGUCACUGGCCUACACACAAUACCCCACAAUGUCAAAGUGGAAUUAUGUUUUUUGACAUUUUUACAAAGAAAUUAAAGCUGAAAUGUCUUGAGUCAAUAAAUAUUCAACCCCUUUGUUAUGGCAAACCUAAAUAAGUUCAGGAGUAAAAAUGCACAUAAGUUGCAUGGACUCACUCUGUGUGCAAUAAUCGUGUUUAACGUGAUUUUUGAAUGACUGCCUCAUCUCUGUUCCCCACACAUACAAUUGUAAGGUCCUUCAGUCGAGCAGUGAAUUUCAAACACAGACUCAACUACAAAUACCAGGGAGGUUACCCAAUGCCUCGCAAAGAAGGGCACCUAUUGGUAGAUGGGUAAAAGAAAAAGCAGACAUUGAAUAUCCCUUUGAGCAUGGUGAUGUUAUUAAUUACACUUUGAAUGGUGUAUCAAUACUCAAUAAUCUAACUUAGUUGCCGGAGAGGAAGAAAACCGCUCAGGGAUUUCACCAUGAGGCCGAUGGUGACUUUAAAACAGUUACAGAGUAUAAUGGCUGUGAUAGGAGAAAUGGAUCAACAAAAUUGUAGUUACUCCACAAUACUAACCUAAUUGAAAGAGUGAAAAGAAGGAAGCCUGUACAGAAUACAAAUAUUCCAAAACAUGCAUCCUGUUUGCAACAAGGCACUAAAGUGAUACUGCAAAAAAAUGUGGCAAAGAAAUUAACUUUUUGUCUUGAAUACAAAGUGUUAUGUUUGGGGCAAAUCCAAUACAGCACAUUACUGAGUACCACUCUCCAUAUUUUCAAGCAUAGUGGUGGAUGCAUCAUGUUAUGGGUAUGCUUGUAAUAGUUAACGACUGGAUAAAGUUUUUCAGGAUAAAAAAGAAACUGAGCACAGGGAAAAUCCUAGAGGAAAAUCUGGUUCAGACUGCUUUCCACCAGACAUUGGGAGAUUCAUUCAUUUUCAGCAGGACAGUAACCUAAAACAAAAGGCCAAAUCUACUGGAGUUGCUUACCAAGAAGACAGUGAAUGUUAAUGAGUGGCCGAGUUACAGUUUUUACUUAAAUCUGCUUGAAAAUCUAUGGCAAGACCUGAAAAUGGUUGUCUAGCAAGUAUCAACAACCAAUUUGACAGAGCUUGAAGAAUUAAAAAAAUAAUAAUGUGUAAAUAUUGUACAAUCCAGGUGUGGAAAGCUCUUAGAGACUUAUCCAAAAAAACGCACAGCUGUCAUCGCUGCCAAAGGUGAUUCUAUUGACUCAGGGGGUUGAAUACUUAUCUAAUCAACAUAUACUGUAUUAGUGUUUUAUUUUUCAUAUAUAUUUUUUUACAAAUGUUAUAAUUUUUCUUCCACUUUGACAUUAGAGUAUUUUGUGUCGAUCGCUGACAACAAAUGACAAUUAAAUCAAUUUUAAUCCCACUUUGUAACACAACAGAAUGUGGAAAAAGUCAAGGGGUGUGAAUACUUUCUGAAGGCACUGUGCCAGAUGGCUUCACUGUCAUCCCCAUGCAUCACUGUAUGACACCAACACCAUGACCACUCUGCACCUUACCUCUCAUAUCAUCACCACCUAUUCACUGUCAUUUACAUUCAUUGUACAGUCAUGUUUGUGUUUAUUGUCUCUCUUCAUUCACAUCCCUGCUGCUUUUAUAACUAUUGCUUUCGUGUCAAUAAAGACCUUUGAGAUGUGUGAAUAUGGCAGACAUAUUGUAUAGUGACAGGGACAGAGAGAGAAAGAGAGAGAGAAAAAAAGAGAGUGGGAGAGAGAGUGAUUAAAAGAAGGAGAAUGAGAGAGACAAGGAAAGAGGGAGAGAGUUAGAGAGAAAGAGAAAAAGACAGGGAGCGAAAGAGGGAGCGAGACAGAGGUAUACUGUAAUAUCAUGUCAGGUUCACGCCUGGUGCCACACAGGAGGAUGAGUAUAACAUCAUGGCAUGUUCAUCUCUCAAACCUCUCGGCUGCGGUGAGAAGAGAAGGUGUGCUUCUCGUCAGCAGGGACUAGCAGCUGUCAGUUCCCCAUGUCUCCUUUUUUUUAAAGACGACACUUACAGUUGCCAUCGCCACUUCUGUUUAAUAUGAAAAAUGUCACCACUUAUAUUCCCCCUUGGCUUCCCAACGUGGAAGCAUUCCCCAGAACUGCAUGCAUUAAACACUGCUUGAUUUCUAUAUCAUUUUUCCUUUCUGUGUAUGUGCAAGACAUUGAUUCAUUUAGAAUAUCAUAUAUAAUUUCCCUCUACAUGCAGACACUGGCUUUAGUCUAACGGUAAAAGAUAUGGCCAGCUCUUACAAUAGCCAUGCAGUAUUUCUCAACCAUGGUGAGGCUGCUAUGGGCACUCUCACACACAACAUUUAUUUUGACUGUCUAGAUAGAAUAAACUGAAGUCACGCUGGAUAACAGUGUCUGCUAAAUUACUAAAAUGUAAAUGUAACAAACCACAUUGUUCUAUCUAUCUAUCUAUCUAUCUAUCUAUCUAUCUAUCUAUCUAUCUAUCUAUCUAUCUAUCUAUCUAUCUAUCUAUCUAUCUAUCUAUCUAUCUAUCUAUCUAUCUAUCUAUCUAUCUAUCUAUCUAUCUAUCUAUCUAUCUAUCUAUCUAUCUAUCUAUCUAUCUAUCUAUCUAUCUAUCUAUCUAUCUAUCUAUCUAUCUAUCUAUCUAUCUAUCUAUCUAUCUAUCUAUCUAUCUAUCUAUCUAUCUAUCUGUUGACCUUCUCUCUCUGUUUGUCUCUUCCCCCCCCUCUGCAGGCUUGUAACGAGUUCACUACCCAUGUGAUGAACCUGCUGAGGGAGCAGAGUCGCACGCGGCCCAUCUCUCCCAAGGAGAUAGAGCGCAUGGUGGGCAUCAUCCACCGCAAGUUCAGCUCCAUCCAGAUGCAGCUCAAACAGAGCACCUGCGAAGCCGUCAUGAUCCUGCGCUCACGCUUCCUCGACGCCAGGUGUGUGUCUCUGUGUGUGUGUGCUUACAGCUAUACAAAUUACCACAUACAAAGUCACUGUACCACUACAAUGUUUUGUUGACUUGCAUAGCUAGCUACAGUAUGUCCCUACCUGUAACUGCAAUAUUCACAUUAAGUGUUUUUACAGUAGCAUACAGAAAACAAGUAAUAUCCACAGCAGGUUAUUCUACAGCUUACCACCACUCUAUACAACAUCAUCACAACUGAUCUUCCAAAAUCUUCCAAGCCUUUGAGCCUACCUACAGUACAUCUCUGGGUGCCAUUUGGACCAGCACAUACGAGGUUGCUGCUUGGCCACUGACAGUCCUCUCCUCUCUCCAGGCUCCAUAACGCUAAAUGUUGCCCUUUUUUAAUAUAAUGGCUUGUUUCUUUUGAUGCAUGUUUUGGAUUUGCAUACAUUUCUCCAAGGAUAAAUCUCACUCCGUGUCGGAGUUGGAGGCAUAACAUUUAAAUGAGGCUUGUGCUCUUCUCACAAAGCGGCCCAUCUAUUAUUUUGCAAAUGGGGAAGGAGGGAAGGGCUUUCAGUGAGAGAGAGACAGAGAGAGAGACAGAGAGAGAGAGAGAGAAAGAGAGAAGAGAGAGAGAGAGAGAGAGAGAGAGAGAGGAAGAAGAGAGAGAGAGAGAGAGAGAGCGACGAUCAUAGCGACUCUCGUGCUUCUUGAGAGCUCUCUCUAUUUUUAGCGAGUCCUCCUUGUAUCUCUCAGCUCGCUCUCUCUCUCGCUCCUCUCUCUCUUUCUCUCUACUCUCUCAUCUCUCUCUCAUUUCGCGCGUAUCCUCCUCAUACUCUCGGGCCCCGCGUCAACCUCUUUCUAUCCUCUCUCUCUUCUUCUCUCUCUCUCUCUCUCUCGUUCUCUCGUCUCUGCUCGCUCUCUCAUCGCGCUCUGUUUCGCAUGCUCUCCUCGUGUCUCGCGAUCCUCAGCUCUUCUCAGUAGCGCCAUCAGACGGAGAGAGAGAAGAGAGCAAGCCAGACAGACAGACAGACAGACAACAGACAGACGAGACAGACAGACGAAUACACAGACAGACAAGACAGACAGACAGACAGACAACAGACAGACAGACAGACAACGACAGACAGACAGACAGAGAUAGCGAGAGAGAGAGAGAGAGAAGAGAGAGAGAAGGAGGGGGAGAGAGAGAGAGAGAGACCGACAGACAGACAGAAGACAGACAGACAGACAGACAGACAGACAGACAGAACAGACAGACAGACAGACAUACAGCAGACGACCGACAGACAGACCGACAGAGAGAGAGAGAGAGAGAGAGAGAGUGAGACAGAGAGAGAGACAGAGAGAGAGAGAGUGAGACAGAGAGACAGAGAGAGAGAGGGGCACUGCUCUACCAGGCUCAGCUCUAGUGAUUAAUCUGCAGCCUGCCCUAGCACCAUGCUGUGCACAUUUACAUAUUCUCAUUCAGGCUUUUGGAGUGCGGGAUGGAGAUUUCAGCACAAAUCUCUCUAACCAGUCAGUUGAUGCGAUGCAUGGAGUCAAGCAUUUUACAGGGUUCCCUUCCCAGCUUAUGUAAAACCCUCUCAUGAGACGUGGCACAUGCAGACAUAACCUAAUAGAGGGUGGAGAUGGAGAAGGAGGAAGAGAUGGAGGGGUCAGUGAACUGAACGCGUCAUGUUUACAGCACAUUGUCUAUCCUUUAAUAACGAAGUGUAGUGAUCUGUUGUUUGUCAGGAUUUGCAGGCAGUGUUCAUUUCUAUUUGUGAACCUCUGAAAACAUAUUUUAUACCAGUUUAGGCAGCUGUAUUUAAUGUAUAAAUGUUAUUUAUUUUGCUCAUUUGCACCCCAGUAUCUCUAUUUGCACAUCAUCUUCUGCACAUCUAUCACUCCAGUGUUAAUACUAAAUUGUAAUUAUUUUGCACUAUGGCCUAUUUAUUGCCUUACCUCCAUAACUUACUACAUUUGCACACACUGUAUAUAGAUUUUCUAUUGUGUUAUUGACUGUAUGUUUUUGUUUAUCCCAUGUGUAACUCUGUGUUGUUGUUGUUUUUAUCGCACUGCUUUGCUUUAUCUUGGCCAGGUCGCAGUUGUAAAUGAGAAAUUGUUCUCAACUGGCUUACCUGGUUAAAUAAAGGUGAAAAAAAAAAUGAAAAAAAAAAGAAAAUGUUUUUUGUAUUGAAUUGGGUGGCAGUUGUAUUGUUACUGUAUGGGGUGCCCCAGUUUAGCUGUUUUACCGCAAGUGGCUUUGACGCAUUUACUCUAUGUAGGCAUUAGAUUUGUAUAUGCUUCUUUGACCAGGCCCUAUGAACGGUAUGUAUUGUACAUGGUGUUUCUUCUGGUCCUAACUAACCAAUCUCUAUCAUUCUCCUUGCAGACGGAAAAGACGGAACUUCAACAAGCAGGCGACAGAGAUCCUGAAUGAGUACUUCUACUCCCACCUGUCUAACCCCUACCCUAGUGAAGAGGCCAAGGAAGAGCUGGCCAAGAAGUGCUCCAUCACAGUUUCACAGGUACAGUACAGUACAGCACAGCACCAACUGUCUGAAGGAAGACCACACUACACCUAGAAGAGGACUACAGAGAGUAGUGGAUUAUUUAUUAUAAUUUUCUUCAUUCAAAGGCUGCAUCGCAGGGACUACAUUGAUAGUGUAAUAUGAUGAUUGAUAAUGUUAUUAAGAUUUCAAUAACAAUACCAAGGUAAACAGCAGUAAGGUUAUGUGUUUUUCAUCCAUCAUUCGGAAAUGGGUAAUCUCCUCAAACGGUUUCAUGAAGUUUAUGCAAAAUUAUUUUGAGGAUGCAUCUGGGCGUUGUUUGCUUCAGGGUCUGAAUGAUUAGUUGAGCGUCUGUGUCCCAAAUGGCACCCUAUUCCCUAUAAUGCACUACUUUUGACCAGAGCCUAUAGAGAAUAGGGGUCCAUUUGGGACACAACCUCUGUGUUCCUGGGUCUGUAAUAAAAUAACCUACCUUCUGUCUGCGUUCGUUUCAAACUUUGCAACAGGAUUGAUUAUUUUUUUCAUUUUAAUGUUGUUUAUCAUUAGUGCUAGCUGGCUUAUCCCGGUAGCUUCAUCGGGGAGUCCAUUAGCUGUAAUGGGUGUUAGCUAGCGGGUGUUGACUGAUUGGUGCUAGCGUGAGCUCUGAUUAUAGCUGCAGUCAUACUGACAUAAUUAGACUAUUAUUGGCAAUCAUUCCCUUCUGCCACUAAUGUGGAAUCACAGCACUGGUCUAUGGAGCCAUCGGUAGCACUCACUACUACCUCAAAGGCUGUCCCAAAUGGCACCCUUUUCCCUUUAUACUGGGACGCUGCCAAAGUCUUCCUUCACUGUCAUAUAUUUGAUAUGCCAGACAGUGGAAGGCCAUGCAUGCAGAACUCAUUCUGAUUCUGAUUUCACACUCACAAUUAGAAAUGUGGGAAAUGAUUUGUGUAACAAAAUAAUUAACAAUUUGCACAUUGUUUGUACAGGUUUCCAACUGGUUCGGAAACAAAAGAAUCAGAUACAAGAAAAAUAUUGGAAAGUUCCAGGAAGAAGCCAAUAUGUAUGCUGCCAAAACUGCCGUCAACGCGACCAACGUAUCCUCACAUGGAAGCCAGGCUAACUCGCCCUCCACUCCAAAUUCUGCAGGUAAAGAACCAAUGGGUUACCCUUUUUACAGAUAGGUUACACUAUUUGGAAGGCUCUGAAUAAACUCUCCAUAUCAAAGGUCAUUUUUCUUCAAAAGAGAAAAAGGAAAAAAGGCUUUGUCCAAGAGUAGGAUACCUGGGCCCCAUAUCAAGUCACCCAAUGCUUUCUGCCCUGUUGUUUUCUUUUCAAUUAACACAGCUUUUCGCGUAUUUUAUCUCAAUACUUACUCUUUUACACUGUCAGAACAUUACAUUUUUGUUGUACCAUUUUCAUUUACUAAAUUCAUUCAUUCAUUAAUCUUGUUGACCAUGAAUAACAUUUGUACAGAAACACAUAAUAACGUAUCAUGACGCUAAGCAUUUUGACUGUAGAAACAUACUAUCAUUCUACUUUCAUAUUGACAAAUGGACACAACAACAACAACAACAACAACAACAACAAUAACCGCCCCUGGCGGCGGUGCUUGACUCACCUUUCCCUCAGCUUUAUGCUGCCACUCUCUAAUCUGUGCUCGCUCUGGCCCUAGCCCUAGCUCUAUAUUCUAACUCUAGCUCUAUAUUCUAACUCUAGCUCUAUAUUCUAACUCUAGCUCUAUGUUCUAACUCUAGCUCUAUAUUCUAACUCUAGCUCUAUGUUCUAACUCUAGCUCUAUAUUCUAACUCUAGCUCUAUAUUCUAACUCUAGCUCUAUGUUCUAACUCUAGCUCUAUAUUCUAACUCUAGCUCUAUGUUCUAACUCUAGCUCUAUAUUCUAACUCUAGCUCUAUGUUCUACUUCUAGCUCUAUAUUCUAACUCUAGCUCUAUAUUCUAACUCUAGCUCUAUGUUCUACUUCUAGCUCUAUAUUCUAACUCUCUAUAUUCUAACUCUCUAUGUUCUAACUCUAUAUUCUAACUCUCUAUAUUCUAACUCUCUAUGUUCUAACUCUAGCUCUAUAUUCUAACUCUCUAUAUUCUAACUCUCUAUAUUCUAACUCUUUAUAUUCUAACUCUAGCUCUAUAUUCUAACUCUAGCUCUAUGUUCUAACUCUAGCUCUAUAUUCUAACUACUAGCUCUAUAUUCUAACUCUCUAUAUUCUAACUCUCUAUAUUCUAACUCUAGCUCUAUAUUCUAACUCUCUAUAUUCUAACUCUCUAUGUUCUAACUCUAGCUCUAUAUUCUAACUCUCUAUAUUCUAACUCUAGCUCUAUAUUCUAACUCUAGCUCUAUAUUCUAACUCUAGCUCUAUAUUCUAAACUCUAGCUCUAUAGUUCUAACUCUAACUCUAUAUUCUAACUCUCUAUAUUCUAACUCUCUAUAUUCUAACUCUCUAUAUUCUAACUCUCUAUAUUCUAACUCUCUAUAUUCUAACUCUAACUCUAUGUUCUAACUCUAACUCUAUAUUCUAACUCUCUAUAUUCUAACUCUCUAUAUUCUAACUCUCUAUAUUCUAACUCUCUAUAUUCUAACUCUAUAUUCUAACUCUAUAUUCUAAACUCUAACUCUAUAUUCUAACUCUCUAUAUUCUAACUCUCUAUAUUCUAACUCUAUAUUCUAAUCUCUAUAUUCUAACUCUAUAUUCUAACUCUCUAUAUUCUAACUCUCUAUAUUCUAACUCUCUAUAUUCUAACUCUCUAUAUUCUAACUCUCUAUAUUCUAACUCUCUAUAUUCUAACUCUCUAUAUUCUAACUCUAGCUCUAUAUUCUAACACUAGCUCUAUAUUCUAACUCUAGCUCUAUGUUCUACUUCUAGCUCUAACUACAGCUCCAGCAUUAGCUCUAUUAACACUUUGCAUGGUGCUUCUCCGGGUCUAACCCUGGACGGGGCCAAACGGCUGAAUCCUGCUCUGCUCGCUCUCUUCUCUCGCUCUGCUCUAUGAUUCCAGUGCUCCCUCUCUCCUUUUCCAGGUUCUGCUGGCUCUUUUAACAUGUCAAACUCCGGCGACUUGUUCAUGAGCGUGCAGUCUCUCAAUGGGGACUCGUACCAAGGGGCUCAGGUUGGAGCCAACGUGCAGUCACAGGUAGGGCCCUAUAACUAAGCAGUGCAGAAGAUACUACUAUAGAAACAGACCCAGACCCACCUCCCUAAGAACAGGCCUUGUAAUCUUAAUCUUAAUCACACCACAGGCAUCUCAGUACUCCUCUAGUGUCUGGAUCACUUUGGGCUCCUAAUACCACCACUACAUAGGGUUUUCAAGGUAUCGUUUUCCACCAUUGUUCCUAAAACAUGCUUAUAGUGAGUGUAGUGAUGAAAAUAAUUAAAUACUCUCUGCAGCUCUUUUUAUAUGUCACUAAUUAAUCCUUUCGACAGUCUUCUAAAUACGUAAUAACAUGUUUUGGUUAUCUUGCUUUUUCUUGUCCAUAGCUGGAUGUAGUUUAUGUACGUUUUCUCUGCCUGUACUGUAUUAUAAUACUACUCUGACCUUGCUUUGUCUGUGUUCCUGUGUUGUGUUUCAGGUGGAUACCCUUCGCCAUGUUAUCAGUCAGACAGGCGGAUACAGUGAGGGCCUCACAGCCAGCCAGAUGUAUAGUCAGCAGAGCAUCAAUGUAAGGAGAAGAAAACACACAACCUUUCUCUUCCCCUACCAAUUAUUUCAAAGCCAUAGGGCUCAGAAUGAUACUUAGUAGGAUUUGUCUCAGCUCCACCACAGUCACCUAGUUGAUUGCUUCAGUAUCGGUCACGCCACGAGCAACGCGCUGGCCAGCAGAACGGCGUCGGGCCGGCCACACAUACACGGCGCGGCCGCCUGAGCCUGUCACGUUCAAUCAGCUCUCCCGCAGCACCUGCAGCCACUCACGGCCAUGUAGCCGUGCAGGGACCGCACAAGCAGGUGACACCUCCUGCGACGCGUGGCUUGGGCACCUGACCCUGAUUAUCACUGCAGGUCCAGAGGCCCUGUUAAAAUCCUAUCAGAACAACCCCAGAGUAGUCACAUAAAAAAUACAAAUAACCAAACCGCUAACCCCUAGAUAAAGCACUGGGGGGCGUAACAUGGGGGCAUAUUUCCAUCAUGUUAUAUUUAAUUCUUAUUUUUUAGGAGAUGGGAAAGGAGUGUGUGUUUUGGGUGAGGGUGGGGGAAGAAGGGGGAGGUUAGCUGGCGGCUGCAAACAGCAGGGAAAUUCACAGCGACAAGCCAUGUCGUAAAAGGGGAAAUCGAUAAGACAGACACAAGGAGAGCGGAGUGUGGACUUAGGACAGCAAUCCAAGCGCAUUGCUCAGAUCAUGCUCCCACCACUCUAAUGGCCCUGACAGCGAGCUGCGGCGGCGUGCCGCGGUGAAAGCUACGACGAGGACGAGAGAGGACGGUCACAGUCACACACAGACGCGUGGCUCGGCUGCUGGCUUCCUCUCCCGUCCCUACGCCUCGCUUGUCGUGCCUCAAUGGCCGUAUGAUAAUGAGAUUAAAUGUCUCCUGUGAAAAAAAAACAUGUAUGUAGUGUAUUCAAAUCCCCCUCCCUGGCUCGCUCUCCGCUCGUCUCCCUCCCACAGAACAGGCUGUGAUAACCCUGAGAGAGCACUACUAAAGUAUUCAAGCCCUGUUCUCAGACAGCACUCUGACCUCAUGGAUAUCGUUAUCCUUGGACGCCUGCUUGCUCCACCAUAUCCUAAAAUGCCACAAUAUGCUAUUUUCCACACACUUUCAUAGCCUUAAAAGAGACUCUUACUGCAUAAUAAGAGAAGGAUAUAAUCUUAUCUGUAUGGUAAGCUGUUCUAACCAGUGAUUUUUGGAAUUAACAUUUAAGAGCAGAGGACAUUUUUAUAUUAAAUUUUUUCUAAUAAAAUAGUACAUAAAAUAUGGUUCCCCGUUCUUAAUAUAGGAUUUGGGGAGAUAUAAUACAUUGUAUCAUAUCUUACAGAAAUUAUUUAUACAUUUUAGCAUUCUGGAGUGGUGUUGUAGUUUAUUUAAUUGCCUCUGCAGCAAUUUACUACUUAUUUGUUUUAAAAAUGACACAUUUACCUCAGUAUCAAACCUAUUCACAAAGCAAAGCCCAAGAAAGCUGUCAGCUUAGAAACAGUGAAUCACCUUUGUGCUCGUCCAGCUUUACAGACGGAGAAGAGAGAGAGAGAAAAAAAGAGAAAGAGAGGUCGGAAAUAUGUCCCAUCUAUCGGUUACACGAUGAAAAGCCUCCCCUCUCUGUGUUGAUAAUGACUGAGCAGAUGCAUAAUGUGAUUUGUGGGAGACUAGAGCAGUAAUUACAGUUUGGAAAUAGACAAAGAGAGUGUCACCAAAGUCAGACAUUUUAAGACUUUUCUUUUCCCUCCAUUUUUUAUUACAGAUUUCCUUCUGCCUGAAAUAACAGGCUUUGAAAUUAAAGGCUGUCGAGGACCAUUUUCAUUUUUUCUGAUGGCAUAAAAUGUGCUAUUAAUAUCCCAAAUGCUCUUUAGCAGGCUCGUCUCCACUGGAAAUGGCCUACACGUCUCUCAUUGUGUUUUUAUUCAAUCUCCCAAUGUCAUAAUUUGCUACCACUGAUUCCUCUUAGGACUGUUUCGUGACUUUUGUUUUAAGGUCCUUUCCAGACAUUGUCACUGUUAUUAUGUGUGUCAUUAAAUGUGACAGGCAUUUAUAUCAAUCCCAGUGAUACAAGAUUGCAAUCAUAUUGGUUUUGAAGUGAAGACAACAUUUUUUCAUUAUAGAAAUUGUACCAUACUGUACGUGAUCUGAUAGUGAUAUUUGUGAUUUACAGAAUUUUCAGUUGCUUCAAACAAGUAAAUUUUUUAUGACAAUUCCGUUCUGAAAUAUGCGGUCUAAGUUACAGUAAUUUGAGUGAAUUAGAUGUUCGUCCAAUGCAGAUUUGGUUUGAGGCUGUAGUGGAUUAUAGGUUGAGUUGUUUAGGAAUUGUUCUAGCAUUAGGAGUAAAGCUCAUACCGUAGCUACUACAUGUGCCAUCAGGACUUCACAGAUACAGCAUUCAAUGCUGCAGAUGAGAUGAUAUAAUGAUCUUAUUGAACUGUACAGUGAAUAUGUACAAGAGAGAAGAAAAAACACAUAGAACACCUUUAUUUAAAAAUUGUAUUUGAUACUUUUACUCCUUUUUUUACUCCCUAAUUUCGUGAUGUCCAACUGGUAGUUACAGUCUUGUCCCAUCGCUGCAACUCCCCUACGGACUCGGGAGAGGCGAAGGUCAAGAGCCAUACAUCCUCUGAAACACGACCCUGCCAAGCGCACUGCUUCUUGACACACUGCUCGCUUAACCCGGAAUCCAGAGAAAAUCUAUGUUAUGGGUACAUGCCUGUGUCCUAUGCCUGUGCUCAUCUUUCCUCUCUCCUUCUGUCUCUUUUGUCUCUCUCUCAGGCAAACGGAGGCUGGCAGGAUGCUACCACCCCCUCAUCAGUGACAUCACCCACAGAAGGACCCGGAAGUGUUCACUCUGACACGUCCAACUAAUCCCUCCACCCUCCUCCUCCACCACUGUCCAGACACCCCCAAACUCAACCCUCGAUCAGCCAGCUCGCCAGUCAGCUCCCCAUCAGAACUGGAGAUGACACUAGACUUGUCACAGGGCAGGAGACCUCUCUCUACAGGUGGGGACUACAGGAUGAAACGCCAUCAUCACCACCACAGACAGUUCUUCACGUGUCAUGUCCCGUCUCUACAACCAGCUAUGACACAGUCAGUCAGUACCCUGAGUAGGGCUCUGUUCUCCCAUCUAUCUACGACCCCAUUCACUGUCUGUUUGUACAGUUUUCUUCACCAGAUAUCCAUGUUGCCUCUGUGUGAUCAUCUGACAAACAGUUACAACACGUAUACACAGUAUGGCCCGUAUCUUGUAGAUUGAAAUGCUUUUCUCACUAUCUCUAUUGACGAUAACAACAAAAAAACAACUGACAACAACGGAAAGUCUUCCAAAAAAGCGUAGUGUUUUGUUUUUUACUUUGUAAUUACUGAUAUUGACAGUAGCUCCCAAUCUCCCUUGUACUGCCUCAAGGCUUGUUUCGAGGACAGUUUUGCCUUUGUGACAAGUUUUACCCUAUAUAAUUACUUCAUUCACAACAUUUGUUUUGUCCAUAGUGCCAAAGUUCAACACAGGAGGUUAAUUUUUAUAAUAUGACAUUGUGCACUUGUAGAAAAAUACAUAUCCAUCUGACGUUUCACAUCACAUACCGUAGCUUAAUUACAUUUCUUGUUAGUAGCUAACAAUGGGAUGCUUUGAAAGGAGAACCUUGAGAUUCAAAUGUUCCUCCUCAUUCUAGCCAUUCUGUUUCAGAGCUUCUACAAUGGGUAAUAAAACAUGACACAUUUUUACUGCAACAAUGGCGUGUGUUCUUGUUCAUACUGAAUGAGUGGUCAACAAUGCAUAAGCAAAACAUAUAAGAGUAACGGUAUGCUCCAGAAUGAAUGGAAGGAAUGGUUUUGAAGGUUAUGAAGAAAUGGAUCAUGGUGAUUCUGGCUUCAUGGUGAUUAUAGAUUAUAGCUUCAUGGUGAUUAUAGAUUAAUGGUGAUUAUAGCUUCAUGGUAAUUCUAUUUACUGGAAUUCUAAUACAUUUCCUGCUCUUGACAUAUUGUUUGUAGUGUGGGCUGAGCAUCAGUUUAAAAAAUGUACCCGGAACACUUAAUCAAUGAGUACAUUAGCAUCAAUUAUAAUAAGCUAAUAUGUCUUUAAGCACAGUACCUUCCAGUGAUUACCCUAUGAAGGGUAACAUUUGUAUUUGUCAAAGAGAAGAACAAAGUACAGAGAACAUACAUGAAUAAUAUGCUUAUAUAGUUUUCAUUCAUGGAACAUAAUUUAUGAUGUGUGUACAUACACAUAAAUACACUACCAUCAUCACUAUCGAUCAGUGUUAUCAUAAUAGCCAAAUACUGCUGGUAACCAAAACCACUUGUGUAAGGUGUAAGUGCAAAAAAGGCAUUUUAAUGUAAAUGUUAAUUCUGAUGUUGUGGUACCAGGUGGUAGUCAUGGAAUACACAACUAAACACAAUUAUUAAAUCUUUCUCAAAGUUACUAUUUUCCUCAUAAUUUCAUGUUAUUGGUACUAAUUACAGUGGCUUGCGAAAGUAUUCACCCCCCUUGGCAUUUUCCUAUUUUGUUGCCUUACAACCUGGAAUUUAAACGGAUUUACACAACAUGCCUACCACUUUGAAGAUGCAAAAUAUUUUUUUGGGUGAAACAAACAAGAAAUAAGACCAAAAAAAAGAAAACUUGAGCAUGCAUAACUAUUCACCCCCCCCCCAAAGUCAAUGCUUUGUAGAGCCACCUUUUGCAGCAAUUACAGCUGCAAGUCUCUUGGGGUAUGUCUCUAUAAGCUUGGCACAUCUAGCCACUGGGAUUUUUACCCAUUCUUCAAGGCAAAACUGCUCCAGCUCCUUCAAGUUGGAUGGGUUCCGCUGGUGUACAGCAAUCUUUAAGUCAUUCCACAGAUUCUCAAUUGGAUUGAGGUUUGGGCUUUGACUAGGCCAUUCCAAGACAUUUAAAUGUUUCCCCUUAAACCACUCGAGUGUUGCUUUAGCAGUAUGCUUAGGGUCAUUGUCCUGCUGGAAGGUGAACCUCCGUCCCAGUCUCAAAUCUCUGGAAGACUGAAACAGGUUUCCCUCAUUAAUUUCCCUGUAUUUAGCACCAUCCAUCAUUCCUUAAAUUCUGACCAGUUUCCCAGUCCCUGCCAAUGAAAAACAUCCCCACAGCAUGAUGCUGCCACCACCAUGCUUCACUGUCGGGAUGGUGUUCUCGGGGUGAUGAGAGGUGUUGGGUUUGCGCCAGACAUAGCGUUUUAUUUGAUGGCCAAAAAGCUCAAUUUUAGUCUCAUCUGACCAGAGUACCUUCUUCCAUAUGUUUGGGGAGUCUCCCACAUGCCUUUUGGCGAACACCAAACAUUUUUAUAAUUUUUUAUUUUAUUAUACAUUUAGCAGACGCUCUUAUCCAGAGCGACUUACAGGAGCAAUUAGGGUUAAGUGCCUUGCUUAAGGGCACAUCGACAGAUUUUUCACCUAGUCGGCUCGGGGAUUAGAACCAGCGACCUUUCGGCUACUGGCACAACGCUCUUACCCACUAAGCUACCUGCCGCCCUUAAACAUGUUUGCUUAUUUUUUUCUUUAAGCAAUGGCUUUUUUCUGGCCACUCCUCUGUAAAGCCCAACUCUGUGGAGUGUAUGGCUUAAAGUGGUCCUAUGGACAGAUACUCCAAUCUCCGCUGUGGAGCUUUGCAGCUCCUUCAGGGUUAUCUUUGGUCUCUUUAUUGCCUCUCUGAUUAAUGCCCUCCUUGCCUGGUCCAUGAGUUUUGGUGGCGGCCCUCUCUUGGCAGGUUUGUUUUGGUGCCGUAUUCUUUCACUUUUUUAAUAAUGGAUUUAAUGGUGCUCCGUGGGAUGUUCAAAGUUUCUGAUAUUUUUUUAUAACCCAACCCUGAUCUGUACUUCUCCACAACUUUGUCCCUGACCUGUUUGGAGAGCUCCUUGGACUUAUUGGUGCCGCUUGAUUGGUGGUGCCCCUUGCUUAGUUGUGUUGCAGACUCUGGGGCCUUUCAGAACAGGUGUAUAUAUACUGAGAUCAUGUGACACUUAUAUUUCACACAGGUGGACUAUAAUUAACUAAUUAUGUGACUUCUGAAGGUAAUUGGUUGCACCAGAUCUUAUUUAGGGGCUUCAUAGCAAAGGGGGUGAAUACAUAUGCACGCACCACUUUUCCAUUAUUUAUUUUUUUGAAUAUUUUGAAACAAGUUAUUUUUUUAAUUUCACCACCACCAAUUUGAACUAUUUUGUGUAUGUCCAUUACAUGAAAUCCAAAUAAAAAUCAAUUUAAAUUACAGGUUGUAAUGCAACAAAAUAGGAAAAACUCCAAGGGGUAUGAAUACUUUUUUUUUUUCAAUAGUAUAUUUCUGUCCAUUUAUUAUUGUCACCGAGUUUGAACAUCCGUCAUAUCAUCCUGUUUUUACAUUUUGUUUAUCAAGGUUGGUCUCUACUCACUCUUAUAUUUCAGUUUUCCCCUAGCAUAUGACUUGAGUCUAAAUUACGCAAAUAAAUAUAAAAUGUGAAAUUAGAUGUAUUCAUUUUGUUGUAGCUACAGUAUUUGCUUACACACAAUUACACAUUGCCUUCUUGGGCAAUUCAACAUAUAUACCCUACAAUUACCUUGAUACCAAAAAAUAACUGCAGAAGCUUCAGCUCUAUAGAUUGGAAUCAGCUUUACCAACUUUGCUUUGUUUGUUUUGUAAAAUGGUGUAUUAUCUGAAGUAUUCAUGAACACCUCAUAGGAAUGUUCAGGUACUCUCUCUGUACUACAAAACCAAAAAUACAGUAGUGUUUGUUUAUAGAUAUGAAAUGGAAAAGACUAACCCUGAUGGCACACAGACAGAUACAGAAGAUGUUUGGAUAUAUUUGUAUGUCCUUGUGUUGUGAAUAACUUGCAUCAUCAUUGUUUUCUCUAUCAUUUUGCUUUUAUUUUGCGUGGUUACAGGAUUUCCAGUACGUUAUAUUUAAUUUUCUUGCUAGCAUAAUGUGAAUUUGCAGAAGAAUGCUCUAUAGAGUAUAUGUAGAUGUGCACCUUUAUUCUUAUUUUGCAUUUUUGGGGGGGAAUUAGACAAUAUCCAUUUAAAAAACAAAGCAGCUACAGUAAAUGUUUGACAGACACAGACAGAUAGUAGGAAAGAGUUCCUCUCACAUUACGGAUAGAAUCCACUCACAGUUCACUUUGUACUUUCAGUCUAAAGCAUUGACACACAAGCUUGCUUCUAAAAUGUUUACUGUCUUGUUAAUUAAAGGUGAUGUGAAAAGUUAGUGUCCAACCAUAUCCUCAUACCAUGGUUAUAGAUAAACAUUAUACAGUGUAACUACAAUACCACACAGCUGAAUCCACCAUAGACUGAAUAUCACAGAAUGUAGAUAGUCCUUCUUUCACAAACAGUAUAUCUUAUAGUUUUUGGAGACGUGGACGUGUACUAUGAUUUUUUUUUUUUUAUAACUACAAAUUGCUUCAUUUUCUCCCACACCCGACAGUCCAGUUGACGGACAACACGUGUACCCUAUGAGUGGACUAUGUUUGAGUGGUGUACCCUGGCCUUUCGAUCCAGAUGUAUAUAUUUUUUUUUUGAACAUUUUAGCCAUGUGGCCAGCAGAACAAUAGCUUUUGUGAUGCAGUGCCCCCCCCCCAAAAAAAGUUACUCUACAUUUCACAAUGCCUGUCCAGUAUCACCGUAUUAUUGAAAGCUUCAUGUAAUGAUGCUUUAAGUUUUUGAAUAUAAAAGGAAAAGAUUACUAUAAAAAAAGAAAGAAGAAACUGUAAAAUUUGUCAAACAUAACAUGUUUUCUUUGUUGCAUGUAUUUUGUUCUUUAAUAAAAUACCGUACUGCAGUGUUUUUGAAUGUUACUUC